CAGACAUCAAAACACCACUAACGAAAAAUGAUUACAAGCUUUCGUCCAGCUUGUUUCGGACAGGCAGAGUUUACUGAGGAGGAACAUGCUGCUAUACAAGCCGCACUGCGACAGCGGUUGGGUCCAGAGUUCAUUAGCCAGAGGCCUGGGCAAGGAGGUCAAAAAUUAGCAUAUAUUGAAGGAUGGCGACUGGUUAACCGCAAUGAAAUGUUUGGAUUUAAUGGCUGGUCUCACUCUGUUACACAGCAGACAGUUGAUUUUGUUGAUCAUCAUAAUGGCAGAUAUUAUGUGGGGGUUAGUGCAUGUGUUAAAGUACAGUUAAAGUUUUUCCAUGAGGACAUGGGUUAUGGCAAUAGUGAAGGAAUGAAAUCAAAAUCACUGUCACUGGAAAAGGCUAGAAAAGAGGCUGUGACAGAUGGUCUAAAAAGAGCCUUAAAAAGCUUCGGAAAUUCUCUAGGUAAUUGUUUAGGAGACAGAGAAUUUUUAAAAUACCUUGGGAAGACAGGAAAAGUGGCCUCCGUCACAUUUAACGCUGAGGAUCUUAGGCAUUCAGAAGUUGAGAAGAGCGUGACAGAAGCAAGGUAUGAAAGUCUGCGGAAGAGACAAAUGAUUUGCAAGCAGACAGUAAGUGCAGGCAUAAUGGACAGUUCAAAGAUGCACAAUGCUGGGCCUGGCCCCAUCAAGCUCUAACAGUACCUGUAGAAGUGUCAGUCCUUCACCACAGAUAAUUAUCAACAGACAGGUGACAAAGUACCCGAGGGAGGUGUUAGGGAAGGAAACUGUAGCAUUAUCUCCAAUUGUGUCACACGAAGCCAAGCCAAACCAAAGUGAUGGGAACAAUAUAUCACAUGUGCCUGCAGUGUCAUUACCAGUUCAGCAGCAAGAUACACCAUUACCUGCAUUCCCUCAGGAUAGACCAGAUGGGAGGGCUCACUACCGACGCUCUACCGUGGGAACGGUGGAUAGUGAAGGGAUGGUAAAAGCUGUAAAUAAUUCUGAUAGUUUGAAAGCUGAUGGCAAACCAUCUAAUAUGAGCUCUGAGGAAAACGCAAUAAAAUUACAGCGAAAACUGAAGCAGCGAAGAAAGCAGAUUGAAUUUCAGCAAAUCCUUCAACAGAAAUUGAAUUUUGCAGAUCAUUCCAGCAAACCAGACAGUGGCUUCAAGCUGCACCAACCUGACAUAGGGGAUCAUUUGGUCGUUGCUAACCCACCUGCUGCAGGUAUAGGGCCUCCAGCAGCUGCUUCCAGUCCAGUCCCAAAACGUCUUCAGGAAGAGGGUGAUGAAGGACAUAACAACACAGAUGCCAAACAACACACUACCACGAAUCAAGUUCUCAUGGGAGAAAAC